CAAGGUGACCCCUGCAUGCCAAAAGAGUACAGAUGGGAAGGGGUGACUUGCAAUUACUCUGAGAGCAUUCCACGGGUCACUUCUUUGAAUAUGAGCUCAAGCAAAUUGACAGGACAGAUUGUAACUUCAUUCUCCAAUCUCAUGACGUUGGAGGCCUUGGAUUUGUCGAGCAACAAAUUAACAGGACAAAUACCAGAAUCUUUAGCAGGACUACCCAAUUUGAAACUUCUUAAUUUGACAGGGAAUAAUCUCCAAGGCUCAAUUCCCGAGGCUCUGAGGGAGAAGUCAACUACUGGUUUAACUUUGAUUUUGGAUGGAAACCCAGGUCUCUGUCAGAGAGGCUCUUGCAAGAGCAAUGCAAAGAAGUUCAUAAAACCACUUGUUGCAUCCGUAGUUUCUGUGGCAGUUCUUGCAAUAAUAGUCUACAUUUCUUUGAUGCUUUACAAAAAUAAAAGAAAACAUCAUAGUGGUAAGAAAGCAGUAUUGGCGUCUAAGAAAGAAGGUCAGCUUAAAUCAAAGAAUCAAGGAUUUUCUCAAGCUGAAGUUCGUAGUAUUACCAAUGACUUUGAAACUGAAAUUGGAGAAGGGGGAUUUGGGAAGGUGUAUCUUGGAAGACUAAAAGAUGGUACACAAGUUGCAGUCAAGUUACUUUCUAAGUCAUCACAGCAAGGGUUCAAUGAGUUUCAAUCAGAGGCAAAACUGUUGUCCCUUAUUUAUCAUAAAAAUCUUGUUUCUCUCAUUGGCUUUUGUGAUGAUGGUGACUUGAGAGCACUGAUUUAUGAAUACAUGGCAAAGGGAAAUCUCCGGAACCUACUGUCAGAUAAGAACCCAGAUAUUUUGAAGUGGAAUGAGAGACUUCAAAUUGCGUCGGAUGCAGCAUGUGGAUUGGACUAUCUCCAUAAUGGUUGCAAGCCACCAAUAAUUCAUAGAGACUUGAAAUCUUCAAACAUCUUGCUAAGUGAAAACAUGCACGCCAAGAUUGCUGAUUUUGGAUUAUCUAAAGCUUUUACUAAUGAUACUGACACUCACAUUUCAACUCGCCCAGCAGGCACAUUUGGUUACCUCGAUCCUGAGUUCCAUAGAACUGGAAACUUGAACAAAAGAAGUGAUGUUUAUAGUUUUGGGAUACUUCUACUUGAGCUAAUGACUGGCCAGCGAGCAGUAACCGUAACAUCUGACAGCACACGUCACAUAUCUGAUUGGGUAAAUCCAAAGCUUGAGAAUGGGGAUAUCCAAGCCAUUGUGGAUCCAAGAUUAGAAGGAAAAUUCAGCAGUGCUUCAGCAUGGAAGUUUCUAGAAAUAGCCAUGUCUUGCAUUACACCAACAGCAAUCCAAAGACCUGAUAUAAGUUCUGUUGUGAUUGAUCUGAAGCAAUGUUUGGCUAUGGAAGCAUCUGUUGAAAGUGCAGAAAGCAGCAGCUUAAUCUCAAGCACUACAUUGGAAACAAGUUAUUCUCAGUCUGGAUCAUACUCACCUCCAUCUGCUAGGUAGCAUUGCUGGCAGAGAAAUGCAUGGUCUUUCUCUGAAUUGAUCAUCCAUAAUCCCAUCACAGAGAUUUGUUUUGCUUGGUCAGAUUGUUUGUUUGUUUGCUUUGUUCUGACAAUUCUUCUAAAGUGAUCAUGUUUGGUUCAAGAGAUAAAGAAAUUUGCAAAUUUACAUAAACUGAACCUAGUCUUCUUUUUCUUCUUUUGGACAAAACCCAAGUCAAUUAAGACCAACAUGGGAUUAUAGGAGAUUUUGUAAUAUCAA